GAACACAAUGACUGGGAUCAAACUGCCUAAAUGAGAAGAAGGGCAUUUCUGCUGCAAGGAGCCGAGAAAGCCGUUAAACACCCGCUAAGCUAACCAUCUCUUUUAUGCGUCCAUGCACACGACCGACCUCCUCUCUCACUGACCAGGGAUUAUUUCUGCCAAUCCAGGAUAUUCCGAAAGCUUGGAGACAUAUGGCUGGAAAAUGAAACGACCCUGGAGUGUGGCCACAUCUUACUUUGUGUCGCGUAGUACCAGAUGGGCAAUCAGUGAAUGAUGCAGAGAUGUGAACGGACAGUUUUAUAAUGUGAAUUUUCCCCCACAACGCCAAGAACACUUUCCUUCUCAUUUCUUUGGGGUUUACAGUACGUGGAUUUUCUCCUCUCUGCAGUAUCAAUUGACUCAACUUUGCAGUGGGGUGGCAAAAAAGGAAGAGAAGGAAGCGAUUCCUAAAAUCUUAGUAAGUGUCGGCAGAGCCACAGCACCCAGGAAACUGCGGCCGCCACCCGCCUCGUCCUGUGCGGAUUUCGGGGUUCAUAACAGCGCAAGCGGUUAUGGAGCGGACGGUGCACUCCAUCCGCCGCCGAGGAUAGAGACCCGGGCGCCGGGAGGGGUCUGUGCAUUUCGCCACAGCCUUGGAGGCCGCUGCUGCCUCUCCUCCACUGCGUUUUAUUACCAUUAUCCUCGGUCUGGAAAAGUCAUGGAAGACGGCCCGCUGCCAGACCUCAGAGACAUCGAGCUGAAGCUGGGGCGCAAAGUCCCCGAGAGCCUAGUGCGCUCGCUCCGUGGGGAGGAGCCGGUUCCCCUGGAAAGGGACGGGGACCCCUGCGGGGGGAGCGGCGGCGGCUGCAGCAGCAGCAGCAGCAGCAGCAGCUGCAGCUUCCCCCCCUCCCUGUCGUCUUCCUCCGCGUCCUCUCCAGCCUCCGGGUCCCCACGUCGUAGCCACUGCAGCGCCCUGGAGAGGCUGGAAACCAAGCUGCACUUCCUCAGGCAAGAGAUGGUUAACCUCAGAGCCACAGAUGUGAGGCUUAUGCGCCAGUUGCUUGUUAUCAAUGAGAGCAUUGAGUCCAUCAAGUGGAUGAUUGAAGAGAAGGCCACCAUUACCAGCCGAGGAAGCAGUCUCAGUGGCAGCCUGUGCAGUUUACUGGAGAGUCAGAGCACCUCCUUACGUGGCAGCUACAAUAGCCUACAUGAUGGCAGUGAUGGGCUGGAUGGCAUCUCUGUGGGGAGCUUUCUGGACACGUUGGCAGAUGAUGUCCCAGGCCAUCAGACCCCCUCAGACUUGGACCAAUUCAGUGACAGCUCCAUCAUAGAGGACUCACAAUCACUGCACAAGCACCCCAAACUGGAUUCUGAAUACUACUGCUUUGGCUAAUGACCCAGUUUUUUGCAUGGGAUUGGUGUGCAAUUAACUUGUAUCCUUCUUCUCCGCUGCUAUAUUUUUGGUGUGAUUUUUUUUAUAUGACAACCUUUUUAAAAGAAGCUUAUUUUGAAACUGCUUGAUAAUAAUUCUGUUGCUCCUAAUAUUUCUCAUCUGGAUUGAUUGAUCUUUCUCUCAUACAUCUCUAUUUUUAUUUAUUACAAUGAUUUUUUCUCCCUUCUUUACAGUGGCACAAACAAAGUAGGGAGAAAAAGAAUAAAGCAAUAAUUAUGUUUUUGCUUUUGUUUUCAGAGCAAGGGGUCAGGGAUUACCAAAACAAAUCUUUGCUAAAUUUUACAAUAAACCAAAGUCUGAUAACAGUAUAUUUUGUUGUUUGUAUGCUUAAAUGAUGCAAAGUUUCAUUUUCCAGAACAUACUGAGAAUUAAUAGAAUUUGUAUAGUAGGUUGGACAAAAGAGUUAUAACGAAUUUAGGCAUUAUUUCUAGGCAAAACUUCCUAGUGCAAAAUAAACAAUACAGCUAGCCACACACUUCUAUGUGACAGUUAUUUGGAAGACACAACUAUAUGCAGUCUGCUUACUUCAACUUUGAGUUCAUACUUCAGAUCGUACUUUUGUCAUUAGUGACUGUAACUCAAACUAUAUAGGCUUACCUGUGUGAUAAUAUAUAUGAUUCUCCCAAAUUUCAAAGAACAAUUGAGGUUAGGUACAUGAAGGCAAUUAGAGGUUCAGGUGUUCAGAACUGUAUUUUGAGAUUUUGUUGACAUUUGUAGGUGUUUUGCUAUUCAGAUGUGAUAUAAAAACAUAAAUCACAUAUAUGGAUCGAUGGAUGGAGUGGGAAUUAAAACCACUAUUCAUUUAUGAAGUCUAAUAUGAUAUCCUUUCAUCCUGGAGUAAAUAAUAUCUUAGUUUUCUAAAAUGACAUCUGAAAAUAUAAAUCAUCUAGUAAACAAACAUUUCAUUUUGGUGUAGUAUUAUGAAUCCUCCACAUUUCUUUUACCUUGAUGAUUCCUAGUGAGUGAAUUUAUUGAGAUUUCAAAUUGUUCUUUGUAAAUAUGUUUCUGCACUAAACACCUUACAAUAUGAAUCAAAAAGUCUUCUUAUUUAUAACUGAAAAAUGUCCAUACUCACGAAAGGGCUUCCCCCAAAUUUCCUUUAUUUCCUUUGUUGAAAUAUACCUAAUACACUCUUGUCAAAUGUAUUGUUUCCAGAACAUAUGUUAUUCCAUUUCCAAUUAAAAUCUAUAGGGUUUAUAUUUUA